UCCUCUUAUCUUAUCUCUCGACUCUCGUCUUCUUCUUCGUACUCUCCUCUAUAUCUUAAUGGAAAUUCUCUCUUCAUUCCUAAAGAGUCCUCUCUCUCGCCCAACCCCAUUUUCCCGAUCAAUCAAUCAUGUACGCGAAUAAACACCCUUACGAGAGCUUCUUCGCCUCCCUACCACCACAUACGGCGCCAUCGGUGAUCUCAACAGAUCUCGAAGAUCAUAAAGAGAUCAAUUAUAGUACCCAACCUAUCGUCGUCACCGCUGGUGUUCGGUCCAAACAAAGGGUCCCUUGGUCCUCAGGUCUCUGUGACUGCUUGUCUGACCGCCGAACCUGUUGCCGGACGUUCUGGUGCCCAUGCGUCACGUUUGGACAGAUUGCUGAAAUUGUAGAUAAAGGAUCAUCAUCUUGUGGAGUGAAUGGAGCUCUUUAUACACUAAUAAGUUGCGUGACAUGUUGCUGUUGUUGGUAUUCGUGCUUCUAUCGAGCCAAAAUGAGGCAGCAACAUUCGUUGAAGGAGGACCCUUGUAGGGACUGUCUGGUCCAUUUAUGUUGCGAGUGUUGUGCCUUGUGUCAAGAGUACCGAGAGCUUACAACCCGAGGAUAUGACCUUUCAAUCGGAUGGCAUGGGAAUAUGGAGAAGAAGAAUAGGAAGUUGGAGAUGGCUGAGAUUACGGCACCAAUGGUGGAAGAAGGCAUGAAUCGAUAGAGUGGCAGAUUGACCAAAUAAUAAUGAAUGUAAUCUUUUCAAUUUCAAUUUCAUGAUCAUUCAUUAUGUAAUUAUGUCAUUAAAAUGAUUGCAAUGGAGAUUGAGUGAUCACUAAUUGUUGCUUAUUGUUAGUAAUAUUUAUGGGGUCUUUUGAA